UCGCGAUUCAAUCACAAGUAUUCCUCCACCAAGAUGCCAAGCAGCAAAGGCAAACCCACUGAUCCUGAGCUUCGCGAGCAGCUCAAAGAAGAGAUCAAACAAGAACCCAACAAGUCGGGCGGCGGCGUCGGCCAAUGGUCGGCAUGGAAGGGUAUGAAGCUUGCCAAAGAGUACGAGGCACAAGGAGGAGAUUACGAGAACGAGGCGGGCAGCAAGAACGAACCAAAAAAGGGGGCACCAAAGGCCAAGAGUGCAAAGACCAAAAGGGAGGAGGAAAGGGCGCAAGAGUCUGAGCCUUCUGAGGAGGAGUGA